GUUCAGUAAUCAGUCACAGACACACUUCAACGACCGCAGUUAAACCUCUCUCUUCUCCUUCUCUCUCUUCCCCUCUGUAGUAGUCUCUUCUUCUCUAAUCUCUGUCUCUCCUUGUUAAUAUCAAUGCAAUAAGUUAGAGGAGAAAGAAAGAGUAAAACUUGUUGCUGCAAAAUUGGUGGGGCAUUUUCUUUUCAACCAAGUACUUAUAUGUGGUACUUGUGUUUAGGGGAUUGAGUGAUGAUGCCAAACCAGCUAUGGUUUGCACUGCCAAUGAUUUACAUGGUUGGAAGGACUUUCCAAAGGGUCUUAGGGUUCUUCUCCUUGAAAGAGACAGCACUUCUGCUUCUGAGAUAAGAGCCAAACUUGAGGCCAUGGACUAUCACGUUUCUACCUUCUACGAUGAGAAUGAAGCAUUGUCAGAAAUUUCAAAUAGGCUUGAAGGAUUCCAUGUGGCCAUUGUGGAGGUGAGUACAAGUAGCAGCCAGAGAGGCUUUAAAUUUCUUGAGAAUGCCAAGGACUUGCCAACCAUCAUGACUUCAGAUACUCAGUGCUUGAGCAUUAUGAUGAAGUGCAUUGCGCUUGGUGCUGUUGAGUUCCUAUGUAAACCACUCUCUGAGGACAAACUCAGAAAUAUCUGGCAGCAUGUGGUUCAUAAGGCAUUCAAUGCUGGGGCAAGUGUCUUGUCCGAAUCACUAAAACCGGUUAAAGAGUCUGUAGAAUCCAUGUUGCAGCUGCAAACAGAAAAUGGACAUCAUGAGAGUAAAAUUUCCAUUGAUUUAGAGAAUAUAUCAAGGUUUAGUGAUAAUUACCAUGAGCAGUCUGCCGGAAGUGAUAAAUAUCCGGCUCCUUCGACACCUCAAUUAAAACAGGGAGCAAGGUUACUGGAUGAUGGUGAUUGCCAAGAGCAUACAAAUUGCUCGAAUGAAAAAGAAAGUGGGGAACAUGAAGGGGAAUCUAAAUCUGUUGAAGCAUCAAGUGAGAAUUUGAAUGAAGGUACUCAACCACAGAAACCUGAAGAGACUCUAAUUAAACAGGAAGAGGAUUUUGUUGCUGAUGGUUCCAAUGGUGAAAGUACUGUUCCUUUGGAUCCUCAUGAUAGAAGGUCUCUUAGAAGCAUCAAUGGAAAUAUAACAUCUCCAAAUAAAGCAGUGAUCCUUAGUGAUACAUGUCAAAACAAAGCUAACCGGAAGAAGUUGAAAGUAGACUGGACUCCUGCAUUGCACAAAAAGUUUGUGCAGGCAGUGGAACAACUAGGUAUUGAUCAAGCCAUUCCUUCUCGCGUACUGGAGCUGAUGAAAGUGGAGGGCUUGACUAGGCAUAAUGUGGCAAGCCAUCUUCAGAAAUACAGACUACAUAAGAGACAAAUGAUGCCCAAGGAAGAAGAUCGAAGAUGGCAAAAUCAAAGAGAUACGGUGCGCUGGAAAAGGCCAGUUAUGGCCUAUCCUCCACAUCAUUAUAAUCAUGGCCUGUCUCCACCUCCUGUAUAUCCAAUGUGGGGACAAUCCGGAACUCAAACAACCGGUGCACAGUUUUGGGGACCUCCUGGUUAUACCUGGUUGCGGCCUACAGAAAAUUGGCACUGGAAGCCUUUUCCAGGGGUGCAUGUGGAUGCAUGGGGUUGUCCAGUGUUACCAGCUACUCAAGCUCCUUACCUUUCUUACACUCAACAUAUGGCUGGAUUGCACAAUGGUAAAUCAGCGGAUUAUAGAUAUGGCAUGCCACCAAGUUCAUUUGAGCAUUAUCCGGCAGAUGAUGUUGUUGACAAAGUUGUAAAGGAAGCAAUAAGCAAGCCGUGGCUACCGUUACCCUUGGGCCUCAAGCCUCCUUCCACGGACAGCGUGUUGGCCGAGCUCUCCAGGCAAGGCAUAUCCCCCAUCCCUCUUGACUCUAAGGGCUCUAAACCCUGCUGACAUGUGUAAUCACUCAACAGACCCCACUAGAUAGGAGAAAUUUUCAAAUGCUCUCAAAAGUAAAAGAUAAAAAAAAGUAAUAAUAAUAAGAAAAAAAGAUAUUGCUCAUGCUAUUCAAUGCUUAACAUUUUAGUUAUUAUUGAAAUGUGGAGUAUUGAAUAAUUUAGGUUAAUAACUUUUUUAUUCUUUUGGGAGCAUUUAAAUUCUUUGGUGAGCAGUGUCCUUGAAUGAGUCCCCUUUAGAUAUGGACCAAUGAUAUCAAAUUCAAGUUCCCAAGUUGAUUGGUCUAGUUAUUCUGUGUUUCUUUUGGCAAGUUUUAUCUCCAAGGUGUUCUCAACUGCCCUUCUAUAAUGGCUGCAAGUUGGAACCAUGUAUCGUGGUCCCGGCACAGCACCUACCCCUUAUCCAUGGAGUUGUCUCCCUCCCCGAGUUGUUGGGCGAUGAAGUCGGGUCAUACAACACCAUAUGCCACUUGGCAAAGCAUGUUGGAAAUGGAUCCUCUCAAGUGAAGAUUUCUGGUCAUGUUUUUAUUGUAUGUAGAUUUUCAUGAUCUAGAAUGAAUCUUUGUAAACAUAGUUUUAACCAACGAUGAGUAGGUAAAACCUUACAUGCAGUUGUAUUCAUGUGAAGUUGAUAGUUGGAAAUGUUGGAUGA